AUGGGCAAAGCAAAGCCGCAGAAAGAGGGCAAGCCUCAGUGGAGACCCAAACGUCCGGCGGCGGCAGUAGCUGCAAUGCCGAAGGCACCGAAGUAUUCAGACUCUUUCAUCCCUCCCGGAUGUGACGACGGCGAGGAGUACGAGGACUCGACGCGCUACGAAGAUGCGAUGACUCGAGGUCACUGGGUUCCUCCGCGCUUGAAGGGCCGCAAUGAGUCACUCAUCGAGGCCGUGAACGAUUGGCACUUUGCCAUGCUGAAUGAUUCUCAUCGAAAUCAGUUCUACUGGGAUGCCCUGGCUGCCGUCGUCCAGGGCAAGCGCGUGAUCGACAUAGGCUCUGGUAGCGGACUCCUCUCUCUGAUGGCGGCGAAGUUGGGCGCAAGUUCCGUGGUCGCUGUGGAGGCUUCACAAGAUAUGGCAGAGCUUGCUAGGCUGAAUGCCGAGCGCAACGGCCAGGAGCCGGAUAAGGGUAACACGGUUGUCAGGGCAAUGGAAUCGAUGCUAAUGUUUAAUUUUCGCAUCUUUGACGCUGGAGUCCUGCAAGAAAGGCUCGCGCCCAAGUUCUUCAGCACUGGGGACAACUGGAGGGCUUUUCUCAAAGAAGAAGGCUAUGCUGUGCUGAGUGAUAUUCUACCAGGCGACGCUGUAGCAGAGGCUCUGAAGAUGCUUUCUCCGGAGCUCCGGAGCUUGGACGAGGUUCGUGAGCAUCAUUUGCCCCGAUCUGCUGCUGCCAACGACCUGCGCUCCAGCGCUGGGCUUUGCCACGGCAACUUUGCUUGGUUCCUGCGCUGCCGCCCGGAGGUCACGCGGCUUUUCGAAGCCAUGUUCGAUCUACCGGAAGGCGCUCCACUCAUCGGCUCCGUGGACGUCGUGGCAUUGGCCCCUCCCGGGAGCAGCAAAACGGCUGGCAAGCAGUGGUUGCACCUGGACUAUACACCGCCGCAGGGCACCAUCUGGCAGGCGUGCUUGCAGCUCUUCCCUCGUACGGAGAAGCUCGGAUCGAGGUGGGAACGCAUAGCGCUGAUGAUUUGCAAGGCACCUGCUGCAUGGGCCGCACCUAGCGUGCCGCGGAUGCUGCUGGCGGCUUGUGUUACUGGGUCCGCUUCUCGAGCGACGGCUGGCGUCACUCUCGGGAAGCUGCACCGGGAGGCGAAGGAGGCACUAGCCGUGAGGCUGCUACCAGAGCUGACCGUUGCACCUCAGGCUUCAGUGCAGGCGGCCAGCCAUGCGCAGUCGGAUGUCGACCGCCUCCGUCUUCUCACGGCGCAGGAGGCGGCUCGCCGCUACCCUGCGGAACGGUUGCGGGCACUUUUGCCGCCUUGUCGCGCGCAUUAUGUGUCGCCGGAGUGCGUCUUCUCGAAAGUCGCUCGUAACCCUGCGAAACAGAGGGCAGCACGGCCGAGGGCGUCGGCGCUAGCAUCGGCCCGUGUUGCAGUGCGGCCUCCUCCUACAGGACGCUUCAUGAGCCUCCUGAG